GGCGGACUUUGUUUAGAUGUUAUUGAUCUCCGGUGUCCAGUAUAUCCAGAAUCCCUGAAUUCGACGUUUAUUUUUUGAGCUCGUCCAUCAUGAGCGACGAGGAGAAAUCAGAGACUCGUAACUUCUUCAUGGGCUACGAUGAUCUGAGCGACAGCAGCAGUGACUCGGAGAGCCGCAGUGGGCCUGAAGCCACGGCCUCGUCUGCCCCAGCCGAGCCGCAGCAGAGCCGCAAACGCGCCGCGGAGCCGCUACCGAGACCUGACGAGCUGUUCCGCUCCGUCAGCAAACCCGCAUUUCUCUACAACCCGCUCAAUAAAGCCAUCGACUGGGACAGCAGAGCCGUCAGAGCGCCGGAGGAGCCUCCUAAAGAGUUUAAGGUGUGGAAGAGCAGUGCGGUUCCCCCGCCGCAGUCCUACGUGACGGAGGAGAACAAGAAGAAAGCUCCUGCUGGAAUGGACAUGGCCAUCAAAUGGUCCAAUGUGUACGAGGACAACGGAGAUGACGCCCCUCAAGCCCACCGAGGCCCCGCCCACUUUCUGCCAGAGGAGGAAGAGGAGGAGCAACAGCCAGACUCUGAUGACGACUCCUCAUCGAAGCUCAGUAAAUCUGCUAAGAAGCGGCGUGUGGAGACGUUCCAGCAGAAGGAGAAGCGCAAGAGGGACAUCGGCCAGGCCACGUCUGAUAAGAACUUUGUGGAGGAGGAGAAGCGCAUCCUCCGCCAGUGUCUGGACUGAACAGAGAGAGUGUGUGUGGGUGUCUGAGUGCGUGUGUGUGUGCGCGAGCAAGAGAGUGUAUGUGUGUGUACUGGUUUUGGUGGUUUACAAGAACACAAACAUGUAUAAUGUCAUGGGUAUGACCCAGUCUCACUCUAUUAAUUCGGUUAAUGUGGACUUUUCUUGUGUCCUCAUAAUUCAGAAUGCUGUAGAGUCCUGCAUAAGGGGGUUUUCCACUUUCAGUAUUGUCCACAGGUGUGUGUGAGGGCUGGUUUAGGAGUAGGGCUUAUCAGAAGCGAUUUACUAUAAAAAAUGCAUAAGCCUGUGGAGAGUCCUCAUAAACCACCAAUACCACUGUGUGUGUGUGUGUGUGUGUGUGUGUGUGCAUAUGUAUGAAUGUAGGUGUGUGUGUGUUUGUGCAUGCAUAUGUGUGUGUGCGUGGUGAUGUUCACCCUUCAACUGAUUUUAAUGUGUAGAUCUUCAUCUUCAGGAGGAUGAGGAGGAGUAUAGCAGCACUAUGAGUCUCGGACACUUUAAAUAUAAUAUCUCGGUAUCACACACACACACAUGUGUAAGGAGUGUGUGUUGAGGACGGUUCCCGCAGGCUGCUGUAAUGAUGUGUGUGUGUGUGUGUGUGUUGAACAUCACUGUAAGUAUGAUUGCUGAUGUAGACUGUAGAUGUACAGCAGUUUCUCCUCUGUUGAUCAUAUCUGAUGUUCUCUGUGUGUGUUUGAUGAUUUGUAGAUCCUCAUCUGGAUAAAGAGCUUCUCUCCCA